AUGAGCUCAGACAGAAAAUCUCUUCUGAGCGUCGGCUCAGAGGUUCGAGGCAUGCGUAACUGGCCAUUGUUUGUGUUCUUGGGCGGUCUAGUGUUCUUUUUUUAUUUCUUAUACGUUUAUCAAGCACAAAGUACUGAAUACGCAAUCAUCAGAUCCGAAUUGGAGAAUCAACUACGGAAAGUCCAAGACUUGAAAGUGGAUUUUGUCAGUGCGAAAGCAGAGAAUGAGCGGCUUCAGGCUGUGCAGAGUGAAUUGAAGAAUGAAAAAGAUAAACUCUCCAGAGAUUUUGGAACUUGUUCAAGUGCGCUGCGAUCAUGUAAGCUGAAUAUCGAAACUCUUCAAUCUGAAAAUAUUAUGUUAGAGAAGCAGUCCAGGAACAAAGAUGUGAUUAAUGAAGGUCUUCAGCAGAAAAUUGAAGAACUCACUAAAAAUGGUGAGAGUUUGAAGAAGGCCAUAUCAGACCAGGAUGCCGUUGUCGAUCAGUUGAAGGGAACAAUCCGGAAGUUGGAAGCUGAACUUAACCGGACGAAGUUCACUUCUACUGACAAAGGCAGUACUUUUGUUGUUGACCAAAGUGGAACAACUAAAUUUGGUUCCAUCCAAGUAGACACUACCAGUGUUACUAAGAGAACUGUUGAAGUAACUCGAGAACAACGGAGAAUUGUUGACGACAAGCAGAUUGAUCAGGCUCCUGCUCCAAUGAUCUUAGAAAGUGAUGUAGAGACAGUCAAGCAGAAAACUGGAACUAGAGAGAUUAUAGGAGAUGAACAUGGACCAGACGUUCCACCUCAAAAGCCUGGAGAUCGUGUAAAGCUUGCUGUUGCUGCUGAUGAACGCAGCAAGGAUGAGAAGCCGGUUGUGAAAGGCGGCAAUUAUGACGAGCCUUUCUACACGAAUCUGUUUUGGUUAGCUUUUCAAAAAUUGUUGUGGAUGGUAACAAUUCGUCGUAAUGCUUUUGUAUUUUCACUUCCUCAUAUUCACACGGAACUUCAUAUCAACGUUAUUCCGUUCAAAGCAGCUAAGUCAUUUUACGAGCCGUGUCAGUUGAGUAAGUUGCUUAAGAAUAUCAUGAACCUUGGAAAUGUUGUACUGGUGAGAAAUCGAGGCAGAACUUCACGUGCUUCUGAAGCAAAUGCUAUCAGCCCAGAUCGUCAGAAGGCACAGACGCCAACUAAAUACGUGUAUGGAUCUGGAUAUCCACCGCUUGAUGCAAAUAUGGUUCCAUUAGCCAGAACUACACCGCUUUCCGCUGCUAUGGCACCGAUACCAUCAGGUACUUCCGGAUCGACAACGACUCAAGCUGCCGCCACCGGUGCUACUACCCCUCUUGCUGCGACGACGACUGGCACGACUACCGUUGUAACGAGCGCUGCCACAACGAGCGCACUUCGACCCUCGAGUGUUUCCCUUGAGAAAACGGAUGAGUUGACGAAGAAAGAAGUAGAUCCUGAAAAGUCCUGCUGUGACAAAUCACAGAAAUGGAAGGCAUAUAUGGAGAAGGCGAUAGAAGGUGGAAGUGAAGCAAUGCAGGCUGAUUUUCGUUUGAUUCGAGGAUAUCUUCCGCCUACGGCGACACGCACUGCUUUUGACGCGAACAUGGAGAAAAACAGAUUUGAAGCGAUCAUUCGUCUGAUGAAAAUGUCUCCAUUCUUCUCAGUGGUACCCUUCAGAAAAUAUGCCUAUCCGCAUGUCUACAUGAGCUUGUCUGGUUGUGGUCGAGCCGGUACCUACGCUGCAUUCGAGAUCGCUCAUGAACGUCUUCAUUCGGACAGCUUCAUUAAAGUGAACGUCAAUGAUUGUAUAUGUCGAGUUCGCAAUGGCCGUAUGCAUGCCGUACAACGUCCUAUACAAAUGCAGACGAUACAUGCCUGCAUUAUGGAACACAUUAUGACCACUAAAUUCGCUUCACAGUUGUCUCCGAAGACAGUGAGUAAAUACGAAGAAUAUAGCACCAGGUUUAACAAAUGCGCAGAAUUGCAAGAAGAUAUGCCAUGA